GUCAAAUAUCGCAAAUCGAAUGUAUGGAAUUGACGGUUGAUCGCUUGCAGAAAGAUUGUGCAAAUACAAAAUAUAUACGGAUUACGGAGUAAAUUAUGAUAACUAAGGCAUUGGGGUUUCGAAGAGGUUUAACAUCAGCUAUAAGUAGGAGUUACGCGUGCGGGAACCUGUUACGUUCAGGUUUUCAACCGAACCCUGGUGUUUUAGCUGCGUGCGGAAAUCGAGUGGCAGUAAUACCAACCAGGUCUUACCGCUGCGAUGCGCACAUGAAUGAACUGCCGGUACCAUGCUUACCUUGGGAACCAUGGUACAGCGACAAGCAGAGCAAAUAUAACAAAAUCCUAAUAGGCGGCAUAGCAUGGUUUUGUUUUUCUUUCUUCAUGAUGCUUUACACUGACAGCAUAUUCUUAAACUGGGGACCGCCGAAGCAGCCCGGCCCGCCGAGCGACAUGGUCGAAGAAUGCGACGACUCGGUUUAGCUAAUUUCAACCGUAUGCCGUUAGCAAUAAAGUAUUUUUAAUUAUAA